AUGAACUGGGAAGAUAGAAGGAUAUCAAGCCAUUUCCUCUCUUGGUAUUCAUGUUGUCAGUACCAACGGUCGCUGCAUCAAAGGCUUCUGAAACUGACGAGCAACAACAAGACGAAAGAACUUCAUCACUGGUUUCUGCAGUGGAUUCACCACAAGAAGAAGUACAGGCUGCGGAUUACCUGCCAGGAGUACGUGAGGAUCCAGAAGUUGAAGCGGAUGAUCCGAUACUGGAAAUUUUACAUCCAGGCGAGCAUGCAGAACAGCAAGAGAAUCGUGCGGACACUACUGACAAGGCAGCGCAGACUAUCAGAACGGGCGCUGGGCUCAUGGAAGGGCUGGGUCAUUCAGGCAAGGAGGCAGACUAUCAGCUUCUUCAACGCGGCUAGAAAGAGGGCAAUAGGCUUGCAGGUUUACUCCUUUAACAGCUGGAAGGAUGCCUACGGCCACCAGCUCAGGAUCCAGCAGGAGCUGGCAGGCUUCGCUCGGUCGCUGAUGGAGCUCCAAGCUAGGGAGGGAGUCUGGAUCUUAGAGGGCCUGGAGGUCCUCAAGAGUAAGAUUCAGUUGGAGCCCCUCCUCCCCCCUCCACAAGCUCAAACGCUGUGGUCGGGCUCAGUAUGGGAGGCGUCAGACGACGCUGAGACAACUUGGAUUUACGCCGCAUUAUAG